UCCACUAACCAACCAAUGAAAUCUAGGCCGGUCAUAAACAACUGUCAAGUCUGUCAAUUUCAGAUUCUUUCCAAAGUUUGUGUUUGAACAUGGCGGUCGGUAAAAAUAAAGGCCUCUCGAAAGGCGGAAAGAAAGGUGUGAAGAAGAAGAUUGUUGAUCCCUUCACUCGUAAAGACUGGUAUGAUGUUAAGGCCCCGUCUAUGUUCACCAAGAGACAGGUGGGAACCACCCUCGUCAACCGUACCCAGGGUACCAAAAUCGCUUCGGAAGGACUGAAAGGCCGUGUAUUUGAAGUUUCGCUGGCCGAUCUUCAAGCAGACACUGAUGCUGAGAGGUCUUUCCGCAAGUUCCGCCUGAUCGCAGAAGACGUGCAGGGUCGCAAUGUGCUGUGCAACUUCCACGGCAUGGACCUCACCACUGACAAGCUCAGAUGGAUGGUGAAGAAAUGGCAGACGCUGGUGGAGGCCAACAUCGACGUGAAGACCACGGACGGUUACUUGCUCCGCGUGUUCUGCAUCGGCUUCACCAACAAGGACACGCUCAGCCAACGCAAGACCUGCUACGCUCAGCACACCCAGGUCCGUGCCAUCAGAAAGAAGAUGUGUGAGAUAAUCACCAGGGACGUGACGAACUCUGAACUGCGGGAGGUGGUCAACAAGCUGAUCCCGGACUCUAUCGCUAAGGACAUUGAGAAGGCCUGCCAUGGCAUCUACCCGCUCCGGGAUGUUUGUAUCAGGAAGGUCAAGGUACUGAAGAGGCCGCGUUUCGAGAUUUCCAAAUUGAUGGAGUUGCACGGGGAAGGUGGUGGGGGCAAGAGGGGGGAGGUCGGCGACAAGUCUGAACGCCCCGAGGGAUACGAACCUCCAGUGCAGGAGAGCGUCUAACUUUAUUAUAAUGUGAAAAAGGAA